AUGGUUUUGGUUCAGGUGGUUUUCGUCGGAGUGAACCUUUUCUACAAGCUGGCCAUGAACGAUGGCAUGAAUAUGAGGGUCCUCGUUGCCUACCGUUAUCUCUUCGCCACUGCCUUUUUGGGCCCUCUUGCCUUCUUCCUGGAGAGGUACAAUGCUCUAGAAUUCUUUCUUGUUCUUCUUGACGAGAACAUCAGGACUCAAACGGAGGGAGUAUAUGGGGAUCCGUAUGGAUGGUAUAGUGGCAUCUGGGUUGAUUGUACGGUGGUGGCUUGGUGCAUACAGAGGAAGGGUCCAUUGUAUGCUUCAAUUUUCAAUCCACUGACUCUUGUUAUUGUGGCACUUUUAAGUUCUCUUCUGCUUAAUGAGAAGUUGCAUCUUGGAAGCAUACUGGGAGCCAUAUUAAUUGUGGCUGGGCUGUACACAAUGCUAUGGGGAAAGGGAAGAGAGGCAGCUAAGGUGGGAAAAGUCUUCUGCACAUGAAUCCGUAGAUGUUGUCAUAGUUUGUGGAGCCACUGAUUCCCGCAAGGAAAGUUCAAGGACCCAUGGCCCAUCUGAAUCAAAACAGUUGGAGUCACCUUCACAUUAGGAAACACAAGAUUUUUCCUGUCUAAUAUAAGAUAAGAUGGCCUUUGUUCAUCCAAAAGAAGGCCUUUUUUGAUAUUUCCCUUUUCAAGUAUAUGGAACUAUUCCUUUUUGGAAAUCCCCAAUAAAUUUUGCUAAGCAGGAAUAGAAAAGAAAAAAAUGUAAUGACAAUUUACCUAAAUAAAAUUCUGAUUUUACUA